GACACUUCCAACAGACAGACUGCAGACAUGCUUCGAUUUUUCCUGUUAACGGUCCUCGCUGCCCUGGUGGUGGCUGAGUUGGAGCCCCAGCCCAGGUACCUGGAGGACAGCGUGGAGGAGAGAGUUGUGGGUGGUGAGGUGGCCAGACCCAACUCCUGGCCCUGGCAGAUCUCUCUCCAGUACCUGUCUGGCGGCUCCUACCGCCAUACCUGUGGAGGAAGUCUGAUCAGGAGAGGCUGGGUGAUGACUGCUGCUCACUGUGUGGACAGCUCCAGGACGUGGCGUGUGGUUCUUGGCGACCACAACAUCUACUCCAGCGAAGGCUCAGAGCAGAUCAUGAGCGUCAGCCGAGUCGUCAUCCACCCUAACUGGAACGCCAACUACCUUUCUAGCGGGUGGGACAUCGCUCUGCUGCGCCUGUCCUCUGAUGCUACUCUCAACUCCAAGGUCCAGCUGGCCUCCCUGCCCCCCUCUGGACAGAUCCUGCCCCACAACAACCCCUGUUACAUCACCGGCUGGGGACGCACUCAGACUGGUGGGCAGCUGUCUGCUGAUCUGAAGCAGGCAUACCUGCCCGUGGUCGACCACCAGACCUGCACCAGCAGCGGCUGGUGGGGCAGCACCGUCAAGACCUCCAUGGUGUGCGCUGGAGGCGGCAGCCUGUCCGGAUGCCAGGGUGACUCCGGAGGCCCCCUUAACUGCCAGGUGAACGGCAAGUACGUGGUCCACGGCGUGACCAGCUUUGUGUCGUCCUCCGGCUGCAACGCCCAGCGGAGGCCCACCGUGUUCAGCCGCGUGUCCGACUACAUCAGCUGGAUGGACGGGAUCAUGGGCUGAAUGUAAGAACAAUCCGCAGAGACAGACAGAACCCAAAUCCAAGGACCUGUUCCUGAAUCACAAAACCGUCUGCCUGACUGCAACCAAAGAUAAUAAAAGCUGCAUUUAAAAGUUA